UCCUGAUCGGCUACAAAGCUGCCAGCACGAGAAGGAGCAUGGCGUCCACAGAAUCAUCGACGAAGAAGAAAUUAGUCGAUUUACGAGUAGUAGAUUUGAGAUCAGAAUUAGAGAAACGUGGUCUUGAAAAGACGGGAAUCAAAGCAGUCCUUAUCGAAAGACUACAAAAGGCAUUGGAAGACGAAGGACAGGACCCCAAUGUGCUAGAAUUUGAGACGGGGGAUGGAACCCAAGGGAAAAGAGCUGUGAAAAAAUCACCAAGAAUGGAUGUUGAACCCGAGAAAGAGACUGAGCAGGACACUGUUGAUGAGCCAGAGGUUGAAUCCAAAGCAGAGUCAGAGCUCCAGCCUGAGCCUGAAGGGGAAACUGAACCCGAACUGGAGGUUAAGCCUGAAACGGAGCCUGAAGCUGAGUCAGAGCCCCAGUCUGAGAAUGCUGAGCCUGAACCCGAAGCAGAGUCAGAGCCUGAAGCAGGGCCUGUGCCAGAGGCAGUGGAAGAGGAGGAGGAGAUGGAGACCAGAGAGGAGGAGGAGGCUGAGGCUGCAGAACCAAUGGAGCAAACUGUGAACGGCACUGCUGAUGACUUGCUGGAGUCGGCUGAUCAGGAAGGUAGGGAGGAGGAGGAGGAUGAAGAGGCAAUGGCUCUGGGUCAGGAGGAGGAGGACAAGCUCUUGGGAGAGCCUGAGGAAGAAGUUACAGAGGUACCCCCAGUUACUGAAACAACAAAUGUGGAUGAAGAAUCUAAGCCAUCUGAAGAGACAACAGCAGCACCACCAACAAGUUCAGCAACAAUUAAGGAAGUAGAGUCUCCAGUCAAAGGAGCUGAAAUAGUAAAGGAGGCAAAGUUACCAGAAGCGUCAGCGCUUGUAAAACCAACGUCAGCACUAAAGAAAGCUGCAGUUCUGAAGCCGCCGAGUCCAACAAGCGUGCCCAUCCCUGUCCCUCUUACAGUCGAGGAUACCAUAAAAAUGGACACAUCUUUAGCUCAGCAGCAGACAGAAGACAAUGUUUCACUUAUAGUGCAGGUAGAUGACACUCAGUAUGAUCUAGACUCUGACAUUUUUGAUGGAUCCAGUGGGAAAGGGGAGAAAGCUGUCAAGCCUGAGGGCAGCGAUGGUAAAGAUGGUGCCUCGGCCUCUGCUGAAGUCACACCGAUCACAACCGAAUCCACCAGCGAGACCAAGAAAGAGGGCUCAGAUGGGGGCAAAAAGGCUGAGGACAAGAAAGAGGAAAAGAAAGAUGAGAAAGAUGCAAAAGUGAAAAGUACUGCUACUUCAAAGGAUACCAAGUCCACCACUAAAGAUUCCAAGUCUGUGGCGGUGAAGGGUGGUAGUUCUAACAGCCGAAACCUGUGGGUGAGUGGACUGGCCUCCUCUACCAGGGCUACCGAUCUCAAGUCACUCUUCAGUAAGCAAGGGAAGGUGAUGGGAGCUAAAGUUGUGACCAAUGCCAGGUGUCCUGGAUCCCGCUGCUAUGGAUUCGUCACCAUGAACUCCCCUGACGAAGCUGCCAAGUGUAUUCAGCAUUUAAAUCACACAGAGCUGCACGGAAAAAUAAUCACCGUAGAACGGGCCAAGAGUGAUCCUGCUGCCAAGAAGGCAGACUCUAAGACAGCAGAUACCAAAAAAGAAGAUAAGAAAGAUACAGAGAAGAAAGAUACAGAGAAGAAAUCUUCUGAGAAAAAGGAUGAAAAGAAGGAUAUCAAGAAAGAUGAUGGUAAAAGUGUGAAGAAAGAAGAUGCAAAAGCUAUGAAGAAUGAUGAAGGAAAAACAGUGAAGAAAGAUGAUGGAAAAGCAGUGAAAAAAGAUGAGAAGAAAGAUGUGAAGAAAGAAGAGAAAAAAGAUGACAAGAAAGAUGAGAAGAAAGACAGCAGAGAUGGUAAGAGGGGCGAGAAUAAGGAUAGGGGUCGCUCAUCAUCCCGGCGGAGAGAUUCAGAGAAGUCAAGGACAGUGGUAAUGGACAAAGGGAAGGGAGAGCCAGUAGUGCAGUUAAAGUCCAAGGAGGAGAAAGAAAGUGAAAAGAAGACCAGCCCCAGAUCCUCCUCGGUGAAGAGCUCGAGUCAGCCCAGGUCACGUCCCCCACCCAAGAAAGAAAUCCUCUCCUUUGAUAAAAUCAAGGAGGCCAGAGAAAGGGAAAGACUGCGAGUGAGAGAGAGACGUUUGAGGGAGGAAGAGACAAGAAGAUUGCGGAACCUGGACCUGGCCCGACAGAGGCAGCGCGAGGUGGAAUGGCAGCAAAAGAAUGAGGCUAUGAGGCUGGAGAGGGAAAAGGAGAGAAUCAGAAUGGAGCGUGAAAAAUUAGAGAGAGAGAAGUUAGAUGCCGAGAGACAGGCCCGUAUCCGGCUGGAGGCAGAAAGGCGGGAAAGAGAGCGAAUUGAGAGGGAAAGGAUACAGGAACAGAGACGACUAGAUCAGAUCAAAUUAGAACAGGAGCAGCAAAGACGCUCGAUGAAGCGACCUUACGACAGUCAAAAUGCCAGGGAUUCUGACCCUUACUGGAAUGAUAACAAGCGCCAGGUGACUUCCAAUCGCUACGACUCACAUGGAAACUACAAUUCUAAUGAUAGAAAUGACCGUUAUGGAGAUCGGAACCAGGACAAUGGGUACGAACGGCGAGUGGAGAAGUAUGACCGACGGGACAGAACGGGCAAUGUGGGAUCAUCCAGAAACGACGCCUCUAAUGGGCGGUACAGCGACUCCGGAAGGAGGGAUAAUCGUUCUAGUUCUAGAGACACUGGCCGUGGCCACAUGGACAGGGACGUGCGUGUUAGCCGAGAUGGAAGGGGUAGAGAUCAGGGAUCGCGCACAGGGACGGGGCGAGAUGUGGGUCGGCGAGAGGUAUCACAGCGGGGGGAUACACGCACAGUCAGCCGUGACGAUAGGACAGACGUGGACAGGUUUGAUAGUCGCACAGGGAUAAGGGAUGACAGUCGAGGUCGACGUGAUGACUCAGGUGGGCGGGCCAGGAAUCAAGAUGUUACCAUGGCACAUGACCGGAGAAAUGUCCAGGAAAGGGGCAGAGAACCUGUUCGUGACACACGAUCUGAUUGGAAGAAUGACCGUGGCAAUAUGGCACAAGUGGACAGAAGAGAUUCCCGCCAGACUGUGUCGGAUACCCGGUAUGUUGACGGUAGACAGUCAACCUCGAGCCACGGUGGUGGACGAGACUCUUGGCAGUUGCAGGAUGACCGGGGACGGAGUAAAGGAUAUAGCAGUGGACAAAAUGUCAUGGGUUCAGUGACCAGCUCUGGACGGGACCAGUGGUCUGGGGAUCACGGGAAGUUGGACUCGUGGGGUGGGGUGAACAAUGUUGACAGCAACAUGUCGCGCACAGCUGACCACAGGUGGCAAGGUCAAAUGAACACACAGACUGAUAACCGUGGAACGUUUGCCAUGAAUGCUGGACUCUUACCAAACCCAGGCACGACGUUGUACAUUCAAAACCCUGCUGCAGCUCAAGUGACCUCGUUACUGAUGGGUGGAGGGGGUGGAGUCAGCAGGCAGCAAGAUGCGCGAUUUGAUGCCUACAAAACUAUGAGUACUUCCAUGAGGCGGUACUGAGAACACUGACUUGUCCAACCAUUCAAACGGCCACAUUUCAUACAUACAUGGUGCAUGGACUUCGUGUUUCAUUUAAACAUUUGUGUAGAGGUCAAUUUUUGUUCCUGUGUCAAUCAUGUGAAGAUUUGUUGGUAUAAUUAUUAGACUGUCGUUUUUAGCCUGGUGUGAGCCAGCCAGAGUGGCAGAUUUUAAAUGUAAAUGCAAGAUCAAUAAAUAUAUCCAUGUUACCUGACUGCCUUUUCUGCUGAUUUUCUGGGGAUGGAAGCCCAGGAGUGGUAGACCCCCACCUAUACUAGGUAGGACACCCAGUGAUGAGGAGAAGUCCAGGUUGGACAUCAGCCUCAUUUGUCUGGUGUGCCUGGUGUGACUGAUCCAAGACCCAGCCAUAGAUGUACAUCUCCUAAUAUAGAAAACUUUUCAUUGGCAGAAUAAUUGCUAAUAUCAGUGGUCAGCUUAGAAAAAAAGUAGUGCACCUUAAUUUACAAAAUGGCUGCAUAAGUGAUCUUUUUUGGGUGCAAUGGCAGGUGGGGGCCUUAACUUGAACUCUCGUUACAGAAGCCGCUGAGUAGCGAUACCAGCCCCAGUGACUUAUUCAGGCCUCAUUCAUUAUGUGAUGAGAUUUACUAAAAGACUUCCCAA